AUGGCUCAAAGUUUAGCAGUGAAUUUGGUCGAAAACAUUGUUCAUGAACGUGUUGGUGAUAUUUCAAUUCUGGUAAUCGACGAUGACAAUAUAUCAAAUGCGACUCUCACUUCAAUACUUGAAAAGUUUUCAUACAAAGUGAUAAGCGUGAAAGUAGCGAAUGAGGCUGUAUCGAUGAUUGAAAAACAAAAGGACAUCGGACUUGUCAUAGCCAACAUUGAAUUGCCUAACAUAGACUCACAAUCAUUCCUCACCACUUUGCUUCAUAAAGAUAUUCCUCUCAUACUGAUCACUCCGGAGAUAAUGACAAAGAAAACAUCAGAUUCUUUGACAAAAGCAACACUUUUUUGUUUGAAGAAGCCGAUAUUUGUGAAUGAUAUCGAAAACCUUUGGCAACAUGUGCUACCCAAGAAAAGCCAAGUGUUCGAGAAAAUCAACAUAGCUGAAAAACAAAAGAUUGUUAUGACAGAAGAUACAAAGCAGAUUGAAGCUUUCAUGGAAAACCUUAAGAGGCCGAGAACAAGUCAAGCAACUUUGCUUGGAAGAAGAAAAUACAUGAAAGCAUUCCCAACUUCUGAAAUGUACCAAAAGAGAACAAGUAUAGAAAAUGCUGAAUGGAAAACCAAACCGAUGUGUCCCAUUGAGAUUGAGAAUAAGGGGAGAGAAGGGGAGAAAGUGGAGAUUAAUAUUGGAAGUCGCUGUGGCUUAUGGACUAAUUUUGAACGUCACAUGAAAUUUUUAGCUGCUCUGUCCAUUUUGGGUGAAAAAAGUUCUCGUCCCAAAUCCAUAUUGAGGAUUAUGAAUGACCCAAGCUUGAAUCAUCGUCAUGUUGCUAGCCACCUUCAGAAUUACAAAGCUCAAAUUGAGCGAAUCAAUGAAACAUUGCCUAGGAAUGAGUGGAUUUCGACAGAGAAAACAUUCAAAUAUCCUUCAAACUACGAAUAUCCUUUCAAAGCAUCCAACUUAACGAAGAAUCUCAUUGAAAUUUUCUUUAAAAAACCUUCGGAGAGAAAGGAAACGACACCAAAUCUUCAUCUAGGCGGGAAACUGGAUCUGACUACUCCCUCACUUUUUGGUAACAUAUUAAACAACUCAGCCAUAGAAGCUCCUUCAACCACAAGUAACAACCCACCUUACAAUAUUCCUUCUACCAAUGGUGUUAACCAUAGUGGUCUCGUUUCAACUAGCUUUAGUAGUGAUAAACUUCUUGGCCUUCCUAGUUUACCAUCAAGUGUUGGUGUAUCUAACACAGACACGAGGAUUUGUUUUCCUAACUCAGAUCCUAAACCAAUGCAAUCAUCUACCUCUGUUUUUGGAACCGAUAUGAACCCACUAGAUAUAGACCCUAUUUCUACCCUAAACUCUUGUGUUUUUCAAGCUGAUCAUAGCAUUGUGGGAGAAAAUUAUUUUCUUCCAGACUAUACCAUAGAACCUUUAGACACCAAUAUAGACCAAAUAGGUUGGAUUCCAUCAAUGGAGAAAAAUAGUCGUAAUGAAGCCAAUAUGAACCAUACGGAUUGGAUUCCUUCAACUGAAAAUUAUGUUCACCCUGAAACUGAUAUGAACAUAAUUUCUCUUGAAACUAAUACAACCCAGACGGGAGGGGCCUUUUCACGAGAAGGUUUUGUUCCUUGUGAAACAAAUUAUGAUGACAACAUGACUCAUCGUGAAACCAAUAAAGGAGAUAUGGGUUUGGUUCCUUUUGAGGAAGGUGAUGAUGUUCCAAUUGAAGAUCUCAUUUCUUUUGACAUUGAUGUCAAUGAGAUGGAUAUGGAUGUUUGGUUGGAAAAUUAUGAUACUUUUGAGAAAAACAUUCAUUUUUCGACAGGUAAUCUAGAAAAUGUCUUGCCCUCAAAUACUCAAGUCGGCUCGAUCUCUCAAAUUUCUAUGGAGGGCCAAGAUAAUCCUCUCGCUAUGCAUCAAAGAGAAGGUAUGAAUGGUAUGAAUGGAGAAGAUAAUAUUGAUAUUGGUCGAAAGAACAUAGAUUUGAUCGACGAGAUACUUCGUGAAGAUUAA